AUGGCAGCAUUCUCUAGAGCAUUUGCACUUCUCCUGCUUCUCAUUUUCAUCACAGAUUUCCAGCAAAUAGCAGGGUUGAUGAAUGGUCCAGUGGCACCACCAGCUAUCAACUGCACGGCAUCAUGCGAUACGCGAUGCAGCGAGACCAAGAGGCCAAAUCUGUGCAAGAGGGCGUGCGGGAGCUGCUGCGGAAAGUGCAAUUGUGUUCCACCAGGCACUUCUGGGAACUAUGAGGCCUGCCCUUGCUACUUCAACCUCAAGACUCAUAACAACACCCGCAAAUGUCCUUAA